AUGGGAAAUCCAGACGGCAUAGUACGCUGGGAAAUGGGGAGGGACGAGAGAACGUGUCGUUUCCACGACCCGCGAUUUAGUCUGUCGCUCGUGGCCGUGUUUCUUCUGUCGCUAGCCCUGCAGCAGCAGACCGCGUUUGCUCAAGCCGUCAACGGAACCGACUUUCAUGCAUGCCUGUCCUCCUCCCCUCUACCUGCCCCGGCAGGGAAGACGCUGCUGCGCAUCCGCAACGAGCUCAACUUCACCAACCCCGCGCGCAGCCCCAAGGCAUACUGGAAGAGCGCCAAGAGCUGCGACGAGCUCUUUGGGGUUAUCUAUCACGUUGAUACAACCUUCUGCUCUCCCCGCUCCUCCUCACCAACUACCCACACCCUCCCCACAUCCUCCCCACACCCUCCCCACACCCUCCCCACAUCCUCCCCACACCCUCCCCACACCCUCCCCACAUCCUCCCCACACCCUCCCCACCCCUCCCCACAUCCCCCCCACACCCUCCCCACACCCUCCCCACACCCUCCCCACACCCUCCCCACAUCCUCCCCACACCCUCCCCACACCCUCCCCACAUCCUCCCCACACCCUCCCCACACCCUCCCCACAUCCUCCCCACACCCUCCCCACACCCUCCCCACAUCCUCCCCACACCCUCCCCACACCCUCCCACACCCUCCCCACAUCCUCCCCACACCCUCCCCACACCCUCCCCACACCCUCCCCCACACUCCCCACACCCUCCCCACACCCUCCCCACAUCCUCCCCACACCCUCCCCACACCCUCCCCACACCCUCCCCACACCCUCCCCACAUCCUCCCCCACCCCUCCCCAACCCUCCCCACACCCUCCCCACACCCUCCCCACAUCCUCCCCACACCCUCCCCACACCCUCCCCACAUCCUCCCCACACCCUCCCCACACCCUCCCCACAUCCUCCCCACACCCUCCCCACACCCUCCCCACAUCCUCCCCACACCCUCCCCACACCCUCCCCACAUCCUCCCCACACCCUCCCCACACCCUCCCCACAUCCUCCCCACACCCUCCCCACACCCUCCCCACAUCCUCCCCACACCCUCCCCACACCCUCCCCACAUCCUCCCACACCCUCCCCACACCCUCCCCACAUCCUCCCCACACCCUCCCCACACCCUCCCCACAUCCUCCCCACACCCUCCCCACACCCUCCCCCACAUCCUCCCCACACCCUCCCCACACCCUCCCCACAUCCUCCCCACACCCUCCCCACACCCUCCCCACAUCCUCCCCACACCCUCCCCACACCCUCCCCACAUCCUCCCCACACCCUCCCCACACCCUCCCCACAUCCCCCCACACCCCCCCACACCCUCCCACACCUCCCCACAUCCUCCCCACACCCUCCCCACACCUCCCCACAUCCUCCCCACACCCUCCCCACACCCUCCCACAUCCUCCCCACACCCUCCCCACACCCUCCCCACACCCUCCCACACCCUCCCCACACCCUCCCCACACCCUCCCACACCCUCCCCACACCCUCCCCACAUCCUCCCCACACCCUCCCCACACCCUCCCCACAUCCUCCCCACACCCUCCCCACACCCUCCCCACAUCCUCCCCACACCCUCCCCACACCCUCCCCACAUCCUCCCCACACCCUCCCCACACCCUCCCCACAUCCUCCCCACACCCUCCCCACACCCUCCCCACAUCCUCCCCACACCCUCCCACACCCUCCCCACAUCCUCCCCACACCCUCCCCACACCCUCCCCACAUCCUCCCCACACCCUCCCCACACCCUCCCCACAUCCUCCCCACACCCUCCCCACACCCUCCCCACAUCCUCCCCACACCCUCCCACACCCUCCCCACAUCCUCCCCACACCCUCCCCACACCCUCCCCACAUCCUCCCCACACCCUCCCCCACACCCUCCCCACAUCCUCCCCCACACCUCCCCACACCCUCCCCACAUCCUCCCCACACCCUCCCCACACCCUCCCCACAUCCUCCCCACACCCUCCCCACACCCUCCCCACAUCCUCCCCACACCCUCCCCCACCCCUCCCCACACCCUCCCCACAUCCUCCCCACACCCUCCCACACCCUCCCCACACCCUCCCACACCCUCCCCACACCCUCCCCACACCCUCCCCACACCCUCCCCACACCCUCCCCACCCUCCCCACAUCCUCCCCACACCCUCCCCACACCCUCCCCACACCCUCCCCACACCCUCCCCACAUCCUCCCACACCCUCCACACCCUCCCCACACCCUCCCCACACCCUCCCCACAUCCUCCCCACACCCUCCCCACACCCUCCCCACACCCUCCCCACACCCUCCCCACAUCCUCCCCACACCCUCCCCACACCCUCCCCACACCCUCCCCACACCCUCCCCACAUCCUCCCCACACCCUCCCCACACCCUCCCCACACCCUCCCCACACCCUCCCCACACCCUCCCCACACCCUCCCCACCCUCCCCACACCUCCCCACAUCCUCCCCACACCCUCCCCACACCCUCCCCACACCCUCCCCACACCCUCCCCACAUCCUCCCCACACCCUCCCCACACCCUCCCCACACCCUCCCCACACCCUCCCCACAUCCUCCCCACACCCUCCCCACACCCUCCCCACAUCCUCCCCACACCCUCCCCACACCCUCCCCACAUCCUCCCCACACCCUCCCCACACCCUCCCCACAUCCUCCCCACACCCUCCCCACACCCUCCCCACAUCCUCCCCACACCCUCCCACACCCUCCCCACAUCCUCCCCACACCCUCCCCACACCCUCCCCACAUCCUCCCCACACCUCCCCAACACCCUCCCCACAUCCUCCCCACACCCUCCCACACCCUCCCCACACCUCCCCAGCACCUCCCCACACCCUCCCACACCCUCCCCACAUGCUCUCCCCACCACCUCUCCCCACACCCAUCCCCACAUCCUCCCACACCCUCCCCACACCCCUCCCCCACAUCCCUCCCACACCCUCCCCACACCCUCCCCCACAUCCUCCCCACACCAUCCCCACACCCUCCCCACAUCCUCCCCACACCCUCCCCACACCCUCCCCACAUCCUCCCCACACCUCCUCCCCACACCCUCCCAAUCCUCCCACACCCUCCCCACACCUCCCACUCCUCCCCACACCCUCCCCACACCCUCCCCACAUCCUCCCCACACCCUCCCCACACCCUCCCCACAUCCUCCCACACCCUCCCACACCCUCCCCACAUCCUCCCCACACCCUUCCCCACACCCUCCCCACAUCCUCCCCACACCCUCCCCACACCCUCCCACAUCCUCCCCACACCUCCCCACACCCUCCCAAUCCUCCCCACACCCUCCCACAUCUCCCACAUCCUCCCCACACCCUCCCCACACCCUCCCCACAUCCUCCCACACCCUCCCCACACCCUCCCCACACCCUCCCCCACCCCCUCCCCACACCCUCCCCACAUCCUCCCCACACCCUCCCCACACCCUCCCCACAUCCCUCCCCACACCCUCCCCACACCCUCCCCACACCUCCCCACACCCUCCCCACACCCUCCCCACACCCUCCCCACAUCCUCCCCACACCCUCCCACACCCUCCCCACACCCUCCCCACACCCUCCCCACACCCUCCCCACAUCCUCCCCACACCCUCCCCACACCUCCCCACACCCUCCCCACACUCCUCCCCACACCCUCCCCACACCCUCCCCACACCCUCCCACACCCUCCCACAUCCUCCCCACCACCCUCCCCACACCCUCCCCACAUCCCUCCCCACACCUCACCACAUCCUCCCACACCCUCCCCACACCCUCCCCACACCCUCCCCACACCCUCCCACACCCUCCCCACACCCUCCCACACCCUCCCCACACCCUCCCCACACCCUCCCCACACCCUCCCCACACCCUCCCCACACCCUCCCCACACCCUCCCCACAUCCUCCCCACACCCUCCCCACACCCUCCCCACACCCUCCCCACACCCUCCCCACAUCCCCACACCCUCCCCACACCCUCCCCACACCCUCCCCACACCCUCCCCACAUCCUCCACACCCUCCCCACACCCUCCCCACAUCCUCCCCACACCCUCCCCACACCCUCCCCACAUCCUCCCCACACCCUCCCCACACCCUCCCCACAUCCUCCCCACACCCUCCCCACACCCUCCCCACAUCCUCCCCACACCCUCCCCACACCCUCCCCACAUCCUCCCCACACCCUCCCCACACCCUCCCCACAUCCUCCCCACACCCUCCCCACACCCUCCCCACAUCCUCCCCACACCCUCCCCACACCUCCCCACAUCCUCCACACACCCUCCCCACACCCUCCCCACAUCCUCCCCACACCCUCCCCACACCCUCCCCACAUCCUCCCCACACCCUCCCCACACCCUCCCCACAUCCUCCCCACACCCUCCCCACACCCUCCCCACAUCCUCCCCACACCCUCCCCACACCCUCCCCACAUCCUCCCCACACCCUCCCCACACCCUCCCCACAUCCUCCCCACACCCUCCCCACACCCUCCCCACAUCCUCCCCACACCCUCCCACACCUCCCCACACCCUCCCCACAUCCUCCCCACACCCUCCCCACACCCUCCCCACACCCUCCCCACAUCCUCCCCACACCUCCCCACACCCUCCCCACAUCCUCCCCACACCCUCCCCCACCACCCUCCCCACACCCUCCCACAUCCUCCCAAACCCUCCCCACACCCUCCCCACACCUCCCCACACCCUCCCCACACCCUCCCCACAUCCUCCCCACACCCUCCCCACACCCUCCCACAUCCUCCCCACACCCUCCCCACACCCUCCCCACAUCCUCCCCACACCCUCCCCACACCCUCCCACACCCUCCCCACAUCCCUCCCCACACCCUCCCCACACCCUCCCCACACCCUCCCCACAUCCCUCCCCACACCCUCCCCACACCCUCCCCACACCCUCCCCACACCCUCCCCACACCCUCCCCACACCCUCCCCACACCCUCCCCACACCCUCCCCACACCCUCCCCACACCCUCCCCACACCCUCCCCACACCCUCCCCACACCUCCCCACACCCCCCCACACCCUCCCCACACCCUCCCCACAUACCCUCCCCACACCCUCCCCACACCCUCCCCACACCUCCCCACACCCUCCCCACAUCCCUCCCCACACCCUCCCCACACCCUCCCCACCAUCCCUCCCCACACCCUCCCACAUCCUCCCCACACCUCCCACACCCUCCCAACACCCUCCCCACAUCCCUCCCCACAACCUCCCCACACCCUCCCCACAUCCUCCCCACACCCUCCCCACACCCUCCCCACAUCCCUCCCCACACCCUCCCCACACCCUCCCCACAUCCUCCCCACACCCUCUCCCACACCCUCCCCACAUCCCUCCCCACACCCUCCCCCACACCCUCCCCACAUCCUCCCCACACCCUCCCCACACCCUCCCCACAUCCUCCCCACACCCUCCCCACACCCUCCCCACAUCCUCCCCACACCCUCCCCACACCCUCCCCACAUCCUCCCCACACCCUCCCACACCCUCCCCACAUCCUCCCCACACCUCCCCACACCCUCCCCACAUCCUCCCCACACCCUCCCCACACCCUCCCACAUCCUCCCCACACCCUCCCCACACCUCCCACUCCCCACACCUCCCACACCCUCCCCACAUCCUCCCCACACCCUCCCCACACCCUCCCCACAUCCUCCCCACACCCUCCCCACACCCUCCCCACACUCCUCCCCACACCCUCCCACAACCCUCCCCACAUCCCUCCCCACACCCUCCCCCACACCCUCCCCACAUCCUCCCCACACCCUCCCCACACCCUCCCCACACCCUCCCCACACCCUCCCCACAUCCUCCCCACACCUCCCCACACCCUCCCCACACCCUCCCCACACCCUCCCCACAUCCUCCCCACACCCUCCCACACCCUCCCCACACCCUCCCACACCCUCCCCACACCCUCCCCACACCCUCCCCACACCCUCCCCACACCCUCCCCACACCCUCCCCCACCCUCCCCACACCCUCCCCACACCCUCCCCACACCCUCCCCACACCCUCCCCACAUCCUCCCCACACCCUCCCCACACCCUCCCCACUCCCUCCCCACACCCUCCCCACAUCCUCCCCACACCCUCCCCACACCCUCCCCACAUCCUCCCACACCCUCCCCACACCCCUCCCCCACACCCUCCCCACACCCUCCCCACAUCCUCCCCACACCCUCCCCACACCCUCCCCACAUCCUCCCCACACCCUCCCCACACCCUCCCCACAUCCUCCCCACACCCUCCCCACACCCUCCCCACAUCCUCCCCACACCCUCCCCACACCCUCCCCACAUCCUCCCACACCCUCCCCACACCCUCCCCACAUCCUCCCCCACACCCUCCCCACACCCUCCCCACAUCCUCCCCACACCCUCCCCACACCCUCCCACAUCCUCCCCACACCCUCCCCACACCCUCCCCACAUCCUCCCCACACCCUCCCCACACCCUCCCCACAUCCUCCCCACACCCUCCCCACACCCUCCCCACAUCCUCCCCACACCCUCCCCACACCCUCCCCACAUCCUCCCCACACCCUCCCCACACCCUCCCCACAUCCUCCCCACAGCCCUCCCCACACCCUCCCCACAUCCUCCCCACACCCUCCCCACACCCUCCCCACAUCCUCCCCACAACCCUCCCCACACCCUCCCCACAUCCUCCCCACACCCUCCCCACACCCUCCCCACAUCCUCCCCACACCCUCCCCACACCCUCCCCACAUCCUCCCCACACCUCCUCCCCACACCCUCCCCACAUCCUCCCCACACCCUCCCCACACCCUCCCCACAUCCUCCCCACACCCUCCCCACACCCUCCCCACAUCCUCCCCACACCCUCCCCCACACCCUCCCCACAUCCUCCCCACACCCUCCCCACACCCUCACCCACAUCCUCCCCACACCCCUCCCCACACCCUCCCCCACAUCCUCCCCACACCCUCCCCACACCCUCCCCACAUCCUCCCCACACCCUCCCCACACCCUCCCCACAUCCUCCCCACACCCUCCCACACCCUCCCCACAUCCUCCCCACACCCUCCCACACCACCUCCCACAUCCUCCCCACACCCUCCCCACACCCUCCCCACAUCCUCCCACACCCUCCCCACACCCUCCCCACAUCCUCCCCACACCCUCCCCACACCCUCCCCACAUCCUCCCCACACCCUCCCCACACCCUCCCCCACAUCCUCCCCCACACCCUCCCCCACACCCUCCCCACACCCUCCCCACACCCUCCCCACACCCUCCCCACAUCCCUCCCCACACCCUCCCCACACCCUCCCACAUCCUCCCCACACCCUCCCCACACCCUCCCCACAUCCUCCCACACCCUCCCCACACCCUCCCCACAUCCUCCCCACACCCUCCCCACACCCUCCCCACAUCCUCCCCACACCCUCCCCACCACCCUCCCCACAUCCUCCCCACACCCUCCCACACCCUCCCCACAUCCUCCCCACACCCUCCCCACACCCUCCCCACAUCCUCCCCACACCCUCCCCACACCCUCCCCACAUCCUCCCCACACCCUCCCCACACCCUCCCCACAUCCUCCCCACACCCUCCCCCACACCCUCCCCAACAUCCUCCCCACACCCUCCCCACACCCCUCCCCACAUUCUCCCCACACCCUCCCACACCCUCCCCACAUCCUCCCCACCACCCUCCCACACCCUCCCCCAUCCUCCCCACACCCUCCCACACCCUCCCACAUCCUCCCCACACCCUCCUCCCCACACUCCUCCCCACACCCUCCCCACACCCUCCCCACAUCCUCCCCACACCCUCCCCACACCCUCCCCACAUCCUCCCACACCCUCCCCACAUCCUCCCACCCUCCCCACCCCCUCCCACAUCCUCCCCACACCCUCCCCACACCCUCCCCACAUCCUCCCCACACCCUCCCCACACCCUCCCCACAUCCUCCCCACACCCUCCCCACACCCUCCCCACAUCCUCCCCACACCCUCCCCACACCCUCCCCACAUCCUCCCCACACCCUCCCCACACCCUCCCACAUCCUCCCCACACCCUCCCCACACCCUCCCCACAUCCUCCCCACACCCUCCCCACACCCUCCCCACAUCCUCCCCACACCCUCCCCACACCCUCCCCACAUCCUCCCCCACACCCUCCCCACACCCUCCCCACAUCCUCCCCACACCCUCCCCACACCCUCCCCACAUCCCCCCACACCCUCCCCACACCCUCCCCCACAUCCUCCCCACACCCUCCCCACACCCUCCCCACAUCCUCCCCACACCCUCCCCACACCCUCCCCACAUCCUCCCCACACCCUCCCCACACCCUCCCCACAUCCUCCCCACACCCUCCCCACACCCUCCCCACAUCCUCCCCACACCCUCCCCACACACCCUCCCCACAUCCUCCCCACACCCUCCCCACACCCUCCCCACAUCCUCCCCACACCCUCCCCACACCCUCCCCACAUCCUCCCACACCCUCCCACACCCUCCCCACAUCCUCCCCACACCCUCCCCACAUCCCUCCCCCACAUCCCUCCCCACACCCUCCCCACACCCUCCCCACAUCCUCCCCACACCCUCCCCACACCCUCCCCACAUCCUCCCCACACCCUCCCCACACCCUCCCCACAUCCUCCCCACACCCUCCCCACACCCUCCCCACAUCCUCCCCACACCCUCCCCACACCCUCCCCACAUCCUCCCCACACCCUCCCCACACCCUCCCCACAUCCUCCCCACACCCUCCCCACACCCUCCCACAUCCUCCCCACACCCUCCCCACACCCUCCCCACAUCCUCCCCACACCCUCCCCACACCCUCCCCACAUCCUCCCCAACCCUCCCCACACCCGCCCCACGUGUAGCCUCCCCACACCCUCCCCACACCCUCCCCCCCCAACAUCCCCACACACCCUCCCCACACCCUCCCCACAUCCUCCCCACCCCUCCCCACACCCUCCCCACACCCGCCCCACACCCUCCCCACAUCCUCCCCACACCCCUCCCCACACCCUCCCCACACCACUCCCCACACCCUCCCCCACAUCCUCCCCACACCCUCCCCACACCCUCCCCACACCCUCCCCACACCCUCCCCACAUCCUCCCCACACCUCCCCACACCCUCCCCACACCCUCCCCACAACCCUCCCCAAUCCUCCCCACAACCUCCCACCACCCUCCCCACACCCUCCCCACACCCUCCCCACACCCUCCCCACACCCUCCCCACACCCUCCCCACACCUCCCCACACCCUCCCCACAUCCUCCCCACACCCUCCCCCACCCCCGCCCAAGCACCCUCCCACACCCUCCCCACACCCUCCCCACACCCUCCCCACAUCCUCCCCACACCCUCCCCACACCCUCCCCACAUCCUCCCCACACCCUCCCCACACCCUCCCCACAUCCUCCCCACACCCUCCCCACACCCUCCCCACAUCCUCCCCACACCCUCCCCACACCCUCCCCACAUCCUCCCCACACCCUCCCCACACCCUCCCCACACUCCUCCCCCACACCCUCCCCACACCCUCCCCACAUCCUCCCCACACCCUCCCCACACCCUCCCCACAUCCUCCCCACACCCUCCCCACAUCCCUCCCCACAUCCUCCCCACACCCUCCCCACACCCUCCCCACAUCCUCACCCACACCCUCCCCACACACCCUCCCCACAUCCUCCCCACACCCUCCCCACACCCUCCCCACAUCCUCCCCACACCCUCCCCCACAACCCUCCCCACAUCCUCCCCACCCCUCCCCACAACCCUCCCCACAUCCCUCCCCACACCCUCCCCACACCCUCCCACAUCCUCCCCACACCCUCCCCACACCCUCCCCCACCCUCCCCACACCCUCCCCACACUCCUCCCCACACCCUCCCCACACCCUCCCCACACCCUCCCACAUCCUCCCCACACCCUCCCCACACUCCUCCCCACAUCCUCCCCACACCCUCCCCACACCCUCCCCACAUCCUCCCACACCCUCCCCACACCCUCCCACAUCCCUCCCCACACCCUCCCCACACCCUCCCCACAUCCUCCCCACACCCUCCCCACACCCUCCCCACACCUCCCCACACCCUCCCCACACCCUCCCACAUCCUCCCCACACCCUCCCCACACCCUCCCCACAUCCUCCCCACACCCUCCCCACACCCUCCCCACAUCCUCCCCACACCCUCCCCACACCCUCCCCACAUCCUCCCACACCCUCCCCACACCCUCCCCACAUCCUCCCCACACCCUCCCCACACCCUCCCCACAUCCUCCCCACACCCUCCCCCACACCCUCCCCACAUCCUCCCCACACCCUCCCCCACACCCUCCCCACAUCCUCCCCACACCCUCCCCACACCCUCCCCACAUCCUCCCCACACCCUCCCCACACCCUCCCCACAUCCUCCCCACACCCUCCCCACACCCUCCCCACAUCCUCCCACACCUCCCCACACCCUCCCCAUCACACCCUUCCCCACACCCUCCCCAAUCCUCCCCACACCCUCCCCACACCCUCCCCACAUCCUCCCCACACCCUCCCCACACCCUCCCCACAUCCUCCCCACACCCUCCCCACACCCUCCCCACAUCCUCCCCACACCCUCCCCACACCCUCCCCACAUCCCUCCCCCCACCCUCCCCACACCCUCCCCACAUCCUCCCCACACCCUCCCCACACCCUCCCCACAUCCUCCCCACACCCUCCCCACACCCUCCCCACAUCCUCCCCACACCCUCCCCACACCCUCCCCACAUCCUCCCCACACCCUCCCCACACCCUCCCCACAUCCUCCCCACACCCUCCCCACACCCUCCCCACAUCCUCCCCACACCCUCCCCACACCCUCCCCACAUCCUCCCCACACCCUCCCCACACCCUCCCCACAUCCUCCCCACACCCUCCCCACACCCUCCCCACAUCCUCCCCACACCCUCCCCACACCCUCCCCACAUCCUCCCCCCACCCUCCCCACACCCUCCCCACAUCCUCCCCACACCCUCCCCACACCCUCCCCACAUCCUCCCACCCCUCCCCACACCCUCCCCACACCCUCCCCACAGUCCUCCCAAACCCUCCCCACACCUCCCCACAUCCUCCCCACACCCUCCCCACACCCUCCCCACAUCCUCCCACACCCUCCCCACCCUCCCCACAUCCUCCCCACACCCUCCCCACACCCUCCCCACAUCCUCCCCACACCCUCCCCACCCCUCCCCACAUCCUCCCCACACCCUCCCCACACCCUCCCCACAUCCUCCCCACACCCUCCCCACACCCUCCCCACAUCCUCCCACACCCUCCCCACACCCUCCCCACAUCCUCCCCACACCUCCCCACACCCUCCCCACAUCCUCCCCACACCCUCCCCACACCCUCCCCACAUCCUCCCCACACCCUCCCCCACACCCUCCCCACAUCCUCCCCACACCUCCCCCACACCUCCCCACAUCCUCCCCACACCCUCCCCACACCCUCCCACAUCCUCCCCACACCCUCCCCACACCCUCCCCACAUCCUCCCCACACCCUCCCCACACCCUCCCCACAUCUCCCCACACCCUCCCCAACCUCUCCCACAUCCUCCCACACCCUCCCCACACCCUCCCCACAUCCUCCCCACACCCUCCCACACCCUCCCCACAUCCUCCCCACACCCUCCCCACACCCUCCCCACAUCCUCCCCACACCCUCCCCACACCCUCCCCACAUCCUCCCCACACCCUCCCCACACCCUCCCCACAUCCUCCCCACACCCUCCCCACACCCUCCCCACAUCCUCCCCACACCCUCCCCACACCCUCCCCACAUCCUCCCCACACCCUCCCCACACCCUCCCCACAUCCUCCCCACACCCUCCCCACACCCUCCCACAUCCUCCCCACACCCUCCCCCACACCCUCCCCACAUCCUCCCCACACCCUCCCCACACCCUCCCCACAUCCUCCCCACACCCUCCCCACACCCUCCCCACAUCCUCCCCACACCCUCCCCACACCCUCCCCACAUCCUCCCCACACCCUCCCCACACCCUCCCCACAUCCUCCCCACACCCUCCCCACACCCUCCCCACAUCCUCCCACACCCUCCCCACACCCUCCCCACAUCCUCCCCACACCCUCCCCACACCCUCCCCACAUCCUCCCCACACCCUCCCCACACCCUCCCCACAUCCUCCCCACACCCUCCCCACACCCUCCCCACAUCCUCCCCACCCUCCCCACACCCUCCCCACACCUCCCCACACCCUCCCCACACCCUCCCCACAUCCUCCCCACACCCUCCCCACACCCUCCCCACAUCCUCCCCACACCCUCCCCACACCCUCCCCACAUCCUCCCCACACCCUCCCCACACCCUCCCCACAUCCUCCCCACACCCUCCCCCACACCCUCCCCACAUCCUCCCACACCCUCCCCACACCCUCCCCACUCCUCCCCACACCCUCCCACACCCUCCCCACAUCCUCCCCACACCCUCCCCCACACCCUCCCCACAUCCCUCCCCACCACCCUCCCCACACCCUCCCCACAUCCUCCCCACACCCUCCCCACACCCUCCCCACAUCCUCCCCACACCCUCCCCACACCCUCCCCACAUCCUCCCCACACCCUCCCCACACCCUCCCCACAUCCUCCCCACACCCUCCCCACACCCUCCCCACAUCCUCCCCACACCCUCCCCACACCCUCCCCACACCCUCCCCACACCCUCCCCACACCCUCCCCACAUCCUCCCACACCCUCCCCACACCCUCCCCACAUCCUCCCCACACCCUCCCCACACCCUCCCCACAUCCUCCCCACACCCUCCCCACACCCUCCCACAUCCCUCCCCCACACCCUCCCCACACCCUCCCCACAUCCUCCCCACACCCUCCCCACACCCUCCCCACAUCCUCCCCACACCCUCCCCACACCCUCCCCACACCUCCCCACACCCCUCCCCACACCCUCCCCACAUCCUCCCCACACCCUCCCCACACCCUCCCCACAUCCUCCCCACACCCUCCCCACACCCUCCCCACAUCCUCCCCACACCCCUCCCCACCACCCUCCCCACAUCCUCCCCACACCCUCCCCACACCCUCCCCACAUCCUCCCCACACCCUCCCCACACCCUCCCCACAUCCUCCCCACACCCUCCCCACACCCUCCCCACAUCCUCCCCACACCCUCCCCACACCCUCCCCACAUCCUCCCCACACCCUCCCCACACCCUCCCACAUCCUCCCCACACCCUCCCCCACACCCUCCCCACAUCCUCCCCACACCCUCCCCACACCCUCCCCACAUCCUCCCCACACCCUCCCCACACCCUCCCCACAUCCUCCCCACACCCUCCCCACACCCUCCCCACAUCCCUCCCCACACCCUCCCCACACCCUCCCCACAUCCUCCCCCACACCCUCCCCACACCCUCCCCACAUCCUCCCCACACCCUCCCCACACCCUCCCCACAUCCUCCCCACACCCUCCCCACACCCUCCCCACAUCCUCCCCACACCCUCCCCACACCCUCCCCACAUCCUCCCCACACCCUCCCCACACCCUCCCCACAUCCUCCCCACACCCUCCCCACACCCUCCCCACAUCCUCCCCACACCCUCCCCACACCCUCCCCACAUCCUCCCCACACCCUCCCCACACCCUCCCCACAUCCUCCCCACACCCUCCCCACACCCUCCCCACAUCCUCCCCACACCCUCCCCACACCCUCCCCACAUCCUCCCCACACCCUCCCCACACCCUCCCCACAUCCUCCCCACACCCUCCCCACACCCUCCCCACAUCCUCCCCACACCCUCCCCACACCCUCCCCACAUCCUCCCCACAUCCACCCUCCCCACACCUCCCACACCCUCCCCACAUCCUCCCCACACCCUCCCCACACCCUCCCCACAUCCUCCCCACACCCUCCCCACACCCUCCCCACAUCCUCCCCACACCCUCCCCACACCCUCCCCACAUCCUCCCCACACCCUCCCCACACCCUCCCCACACCCUCCCCACACCCUCCCCACACCCUCCCCACAUCCUCCCCACACCCUCCCCACACCCUCCCCACAUCCUCCCCACACCCUCCCCACACCCUCCCCACAUCCUCCCCACACCCUCCCCACACCCUCCCCACAUCCUCCCCACACCCUCCCCACACCCUCCCCACAUCCUCCCCACACCCUCCCCACACCCUCCCCACAUCCUCCCCACACCCUCCCCACACCCUCCCCACACCCUCCCCACACCCUCCCCACACCCUCCCCACAUCCUCCCCACACCCUCCCCACACCCUCCCCACAUCCUCCCCACACCCUCCCCACACCCUCCCCACAUCCUCCCCACACCCUCCCCACACCCUCCCCACAUCCUCCCCACACCCUCCCCACACCCUCCCCACAUCCUCCCCACACCCUCCCCACACCCUCCCCACACCCUCCCCACACCCUCCCCACACCCUCCCCACAUCCUCCCCACACCCUCCCCACACCCUCCCCACAUCCUCCCCACACCCUCCCCACACCCUCCCCACAUCCUCCCCACACCCUCCCCACACCCUCCCCACAUCCUCCCCACACCCUCCCCACACCCUCCCCACAUCCUCCCCACACCCUCCCCACACCCUCCCCACAUCCUCCCCACACCCUCCCCACACCCUCCCCACACCCUCCCCACACCCUCCCCACACCCUCCCCACAUCCUCCCCACACCCUCCCCACACCCUCCCCACAUCCUCCCCACACCCUCCCCACACCCUCCCCACAUCCUCCCCACACCCUCCCCACACCCUCCCCACAUCCUCCCCACACCCCCCCUCCUCGUCAUCCCUCCUUCCCUUUCCAGGUCCGAUCAGCCUGCUGGUCACCCCGCUCCUCCUCUUCUCCCUCUGCCCGCCCGAGCUCAAGGCCACGCCUCUGCGUCCCCCUUGCUCCCUUGCCUUUUCCCGCCCUCUUUACUGCACCCCCUUUCCUCCUUUCCAGGUCUCAUCGGCCUCCUCGUCACGCCGCUCCUCCUCUUCACCCUCUACCCGCCCGAGCUCAAGGACACUCCUGAGGCGCCUGGGCUGGCAGAGGUGAAGCUGAAGGAGAUGGGGCCUGUCACGCCCAACGAGCUCAUUAUGGUUGGCACCAUGCUGCUCGCCGUGUCCCUCUGGGUGCUCGGAGACUCUAUUGGCAUCCCUAGCGUGGUAGCGGCGAUGAUCGCCCUCUGUGUGCUGCUGCUUUCAGGAGUGCUCUCGUGGAACGACUGUCUCGCAGAGAAGUCAGCAUGGGACACACUGGCAUGGUUCGCCGUGCUAAUCGGCAUGUCAGCGCAACUCAACGCCAUGGGCAUCGUGCAGUGGAUGGCCGAUAACGUGGCAGCGGGGUUGACAGGCGCAGGAGGAGCGUGGGUUGGGAAUUUCUUCAAGCUCCAGGUGGGUGGUUCUCUCCUUGUAUUCCUGUCUCUUUGUGGUACCUUCACCACCCCUUUUUACCCUCUUUUCCUUUCCCUCCAGGCCAUGUAUUUCGAAUCGCACUACCUCUUUGCCAGCCAAACCAGCCACGUGGGUGCUCUCUACUGCUCAUGCCUGCAAGCCUCAUCCCACCCUUACCCCUACACCCUUUUUCCCCAUUUCACCAUUCCCAUGUUCCCUCAGGCUAUGUACUUUGGCUCGCACUACCUCUUUGCCAGCCAAACCGGCCACGUGGGCGCUCUCUAUUCGGCGUUCCUGGCGAUGCAGCUGGCGGCAGGCGUGCCAGGUGUCCUCGCAGCAUUGGCUCUCGAGCUCAACACCAACCUGUUUGGCUCCAUCACGCACUACAGCAGUGGGCAGGCUGCGUUGUACUAUGGAGCUGGCUACAUUGACCUGCCGGACGUGUUCAAGUUUGGGGCCAUCACAGCAGCGGUCAACUUCGCCAUUUGGAUCGCAGUUUGUGCCUUCUGGUGGAAGGUCAACGGCUUGUACUGA